AUGGAUGAUCCAUUAGCUUUACCUAGAAAUGAAGAUCCCCAAGAUUACUACAUAGACUCACAUGUAUUAGCUACUACAGAAAAGAAUUUAUAUCCUAUUGAAAUGAAAAAUAAGUGGGUUAUUAUUACUGGAUUCUCUAGACAUCUAAUCAGUAUAAUGAGACCUCAUUUAGAAAUAGAAAUUGGACCAAUAGAUAAAUGGAUCAAUCAUAAUUGUGAAAAUGAGGUGAGUUCUUAUUAUGUUUGUUUUAGAAAUGAAAAAUUAGCACUUAAAGCUUUACAAUAUAAUAAAGAAAAGAUUAAUGGAAUAAAUUUAACAGUUACUCCAUGCUAUGAUCAUAUUUUUAAAAAUAUUGAAGUUAUUUCUGAAAAUCAAAUACCACCUCCAGAAUACUUCCGACAUUCAAAAAUACCUUUGGAACUUUAUUAG